AUGGUGCUCGCAAAGUCAAAGAAGUCGGUCGGCCUGGGCAACCAGCUGAUGAAGGACCGGUUCGGCAAGGGCAAGGGCGGCGACCGGAAACGGGUCGGCGCAGUCACCCGCGUCGACCACGCGACCGGCGAGGAGUACAUCACCAACGACAGAGAGGAGGCAGGAUGGGUCAAGAUGCGCUCCGUCACCGAGCAGGGAGCUCUCGACGAGUUCCUGGCCACCGCCGAGCUGGCCGGCACUGACUUCACGGCCGAGAAGAUGAACAACGUCAAGAUCAUUCACACCGACCAGCGGAACCCUUACCUACUCUCUGCGGCCGAGGAGAGAGACGUGCUUGGGAAGCAGAGGGAGCACAAGGCGCGCCUCACGGUGCCGAGGCGGCCGCAUUGGGAUGCGUCAACUACGCGCGAGGAGCUCGACCGUUUCGAGCGCGACAGCUUCUUGGAGUGGCGAAAGGGCCUCGCCGAGCUCCAGGAGACACAGGAUUUGUUGAUGACGCCAUUCGAGCGAAACCUUGAAGUAUGGCGGCAGCUCUGGCGAGUCAUCGAACGGUCCGAUGUGGUGGUACAGAUCGUCGAUGCAAGGAAUCCUCUGAUGUUCCGGUCCGAGGACCUUGAGGCAUAUGUCAAGGACGUCCACCCAAAGAAGCAGAACCUGCUCCUCAUCAACAAGGCCGAUAUGAUGACCUACAAGCAAAGGAAAGCGUGGGCGAACUAUCUCAAGGGCGCCGGCAUUGCGUAUCGGUUUUUCUCGGCCCAACUGGCCAAGGAAAUGCUUGAGGCCGGGGACUCCGAGAGCGAGGAAGAGAAAGAGGCCGGCGCCAGCGGGAGAGGCGCACCGUUGAAGGGCGGGUUGGAUGCAGAGCGCCAGGAUGGAUCUCAAGGUGCGGAUCAUGAACAAGUGGAGGCAAGCGGUGAGGCAGAUACCAGGAUUCUGUCAGUUGAUGAAUUGGAGAGUAUGCUCCUUCACUAUGCACCAGAAGACGCCGGGCCGGACCGGAAGCUCCAGGUCGGCUUAGUCGGCUAUCCCAAUGUCGGCAAAUCCUCGACCAUCAACGCGCUCAUCGGAGCCAAGAAGGUCUCCGUUUCCUCAACUCCAGGCAAAACGAAGCAUUUUCAGACAAUACACCUCAGCGACAAGGUCAUUCUUUGCGAUUGCCCUGGUUUGGUCUUCCCCAACUUCGCCAGCACCAAGGCCGAGCUUGUCUGCAACGGUGUUCUGCCCAUCGACCAACUGCGCGAAUACAGCGGCCCGGCUACACUUGUCGCCCGGAGGAUUCCGCAAGCAUUCCUUGAGGCCAUAUAUGGUAUUCAAAUACGCACUCGUCCUCUAGAAGAAGGGGGCACCGGAAUUCCCACCGGCGAGGAGCUGCUCAGCGCGUAUGCCCGCCACAGAGGCUUCAUGACGCAAGGCCUUGGUCAACCGGACCAGUCCCGCGCCGCGAGGUACGUCCUCAAAGACUACGUCAACGGCAAGCUGCUCUGGGUCGAGCCGCCGCCGGGCGUCUCUGAUCCGCAGGAGUUCAACCGUGAGCUCUACGACAUCUCCCAGCUCCCGGCCAAGCGGCGGGCGGUCCUUGCAGCGGCCAUGGAGGAGUUGUCGGUCGAAGGCGACGAUAGUGGCUCGGUUCUGUCCGAAAUGGCCCCGCUCCCGCGGGGACUCAAGUCGGAAAGACUUGACAAGGCCUUCUUCAAGGCUGGCCAGGGCAGUGCUGGCCACCUGUCGAGGCCGUUCAACUACAAGUACUCGGAGCAGGGCAAGGCCGAGAUUGCGGGGAAGCAGCUGAGCGGGCGGAAGCUGCGGACCAUGAUUGCGCUGGAGAAGGGCAUCGACCCGAAGGAUGUGCAGAUCGCGUCUGGUAAGAAGCACUUCAAGGGCGGCCAGAAGGCUAGGAAGUUCAAGGGAAGCAGGGCGGACGAGGAUGAUUGA